GAAUUUUGUCAGGACGACCUCUGGACAUAGUCUAAUGUUCAAUGCGCAUGCGCAAAAUCAGCCUUGACCUCGUGGUCUUUCUUUUUCGAGAGCAUCUAUUAAAGAGAAGUUGCUGAGGAUGUCAAUAAGUGUGGACUUUGACGAGCCCGAGGUGGACGUACCCAGUGUGGAGGUGAAGCUGUUUGGGAAAUGGAGCAUGGACGAUGUGCACGUCAACGACAUCAGCUUGGCUGACUACAUCACAGUCAAGGAGAAGGGCGCAGUGUUCCUGCCUCAUACAGCAGGGAGGUAUGCUGCCAAGAGAUUCAGGAAGGCACAGUGCCCGAUAGUCGAGCGCCUCACCAAUUCCCUCAUGAUGCACGGGCGUAACAGUGGUAAGAAGCUGAUGGCUGUCACCAUUGUCAAGCAUUCCUUUGAGGUCGUCAACCUACUCACUGGAGAGAACCCAGUACAGGUGCUGGUUGAUGCUAUCUCCAACAGUGGACCUCGUGAGGACUCCACUAGGAUUGGUCGUGCUGGUACUGUACGAAGACAGGCCGUGGACGUGUCACCGCUCAGACGUGUCAACCAAGCCAUCUGGUUGCUCUGUACAGGUGCACGAGAGGCUGCCUUUAGGAACAUCAAGAGCAUCGCAGAGUGUUUGGCUGAUGAACUCAUCAAUGCUGCAAAGGGGUCGUCUAACUCGUAUGCCAUCAAGAAGAAGGAUGAACUCGAGCGUGUCGCAAAGUCCAACCGUUAAUUGGAACUCAGAACACUUGUUUUAUGCGUAUAUAUUGAGAAUGUGAAUUUAUCAUGGUGUAUUGUGUAUUGAUGUACUUUUAAUAUCCAAUACAUCUCAAUGAUUUUGAA